UGAGAUGAUAAAUUUGUGGAGCAUAUAGCGUGCGUUAGAUGGCGUAUCUUUCAACACAAUUAAAAUGGCCGAAAAUUGAUUUUUUGUCGCGUCUCCUGGACAUGAUUAUGCUUGUGAAACGAGUUGUUUUUUUACAAACAAAUGGAAUUUUAACAUAACAAUAAGAGCAACAACUAUGGAUCCGUUAAACUUUAUGCUGAAUGACAAUUCAUUAUAAUUUGUUUCGAAUUUUGGUGAUUCGCGCGUUUCGUGAUCUGACGUUUCUUUGGAUUUCUCCAAUGUUUUCCUCAUUUUUAUGGAUUUAAACGUGUCAUAAAUGAGUACUGAAGGCCAGCAUAACUGCGUUCUGUGCAACUCCAAGUUGGGAUCCAAGCAGGCACUGCAGGAACAUUUUAGGAAACAUGCGAAUAAAGAAAUAGAUACACGAGGGAGACCUGUAAAAAGCUGCAAAAAUGCUGACACUCAAUGCGACAUAUGUGAUAAAUCAUUUGAUACAAUAACUGCAACAAUAAGACACAGAUUUAAGAUGCAUCCUAAUUCACCGACCAAAUUUUAUUGUUCUUAUUGCGGAAAACAAUUUCCUUUACGGACUCAUAGGGAUAAUCAUCAAAUUUCACAUGACUCUUCUGAAAGUAAGAAGAUAGAGCAACACAAGAAAUGUAUGGAUUGCGAUAUGUUGUUUUACAAUGAAAGAGCUCUAAAUUACCAUUAUCGUUCUAUUCACAAAAGAAUGGUAUAUUUGUUUCAACCUAUAGCCACUCCUCCGCCUAGCAAUAAAAUCAAAUUAAACUCUAUGAAUGAUGCACUGAGUGUAUAUUAUUGCCAUUUGUGUGGCGCUGAAUAUGUUAUAAAGUUCAAUUUACAACAGCAUCUAGAGAAAGCACAUACUCGAAAGGAAAGAGAUACUAUGCCGGAUGAUUUGAUCAAGUGUACAGUAUGCUCGGCAUUGUUUUACAACAAAAAGGCCUACAAUGUUCACAAUUCUUAUCAUCAGCCUAAUGAUUUAUAUGUAACUUCUGAACAGCAGAGAGUGCAGACAGUGACCAAAGUCGAUCAGGACUUCGACAUUAGGAGAGUAGAAGCUGUAGCUGAUAAAUAUAUACCGCGACCUAAAAGACCACUCAAUAAACACCAAACAAAGCUAAAUAAAAUGCGGAAGACAGAAACAGAGGACACAAAGAGCGAGAGCUCUUCGGAUGAUCCUACAGGCACCAACGAAUCUAGUGAUUCCGAGAGCGAUAUUCCGCUGCAACAAAGAAUCGCCAGCUAACAGAAAUUUUCUCUCUAAUCAUAAAAGGUUUUCUAUCCACUUUCGACGAAACUUUGUUAUAAAAAUUUUAUGAAAAUUAAUGCAAUCAUAAUAGUAUCAAGCUAAUUUGUGUGUGUUUUUUUUUUAUAAAUGUUAUGCAUAUAUGCGUGUUAGAGAUUUAGAUGUGACUGUAGAAGGACAAAUUUGUAAUCACAUUUCUCAGAUCGCGUUCAGGAAGUACGAUAGCUACAAUUGAUUACGAUUAAUUAUGACAAUUUACUAAUUACAUAUAAUCUUUGCGUAACAAUUUUAUAUAUAUCAUACAAAUAUCUUUUUAUAUAUUAAUAUAUAACUUACAUGUCAUGCAUAUAUCCUGGACGUGAUUUAGUUUUUUUUUAUCUCUAUUACAGCAACACUGAGUUUUAUUAUAAGUAGAAACCCUUUACAUUUCAUUUGCUUUUAUCUGUCCAGAUUAUGAACGAUUUAUAUCUCAGAAAAUUGAUUAUGAACGAUUUAUAUCUCAGAAAUUGAUUAUGAACGAUUUAUAUCUCAGAAAAUUUUGUGUAAAAAAAA